UAUAUCCAUACAUCUCUCAAUAUAUAUAUAUUAUAUUAUAUAUAUUAAACAAACAAUAAAAAAAGAAACUUGGCUUGCUGUAGUUUCCUUUUUAUUAUUAUUAUUAUUAUUAUUAUUAUUUAGUAUUCAAUUACAAUGAUACCAGUUCCAAAAGACGACUAUCUUUUAAGUCUUCGUGGUGUACGUGAAAGAUGUUUCAAGGUACAAGAAGCAGCAGCUCGUCAACAAUUACGUCAUUUUGAUGUGGAUAAUACAAAGUUGAAUGAUAUUGUGCAAAUCUUGGUAUCCUUAAUUAAACGUGAUUAUGGCCAUCCUUCUGAAAUACCUACACAUAGUCGUUGGAGACAUUUUGAUGUGGGUGGACGACCUCGUAUUCAAACUUUAAUUAAUUCUUGGGCUAGUCUUGGACAAGAUAAUUUGGAACAAACUCGACGUACUCUAGAUUUAUUCACUGUGGCCUGUUUAUUGGAUGUGGAAGCUGGUCACAAUUGGUCUUAUCGUGAAAAAACAACAAAUCGUUAUCAUAAACGAUGUGAAGGUGUUGCUGUGGCUAUUUUGGAUCUCUUUUUAGCUGGAUUUUUUUCAAGUGAUCCUAGUGAUCCUCAUCGAGUUGACUCUGAGGCACUUAUUGGAUUGACUCUUGAAAAUUUGACGACUGGUUUACAAAUCACUGAUAAUAACAUCCUUGUUGGUCUUGAAGAUAGACUCGGAUUGUUACAUCAUCUUGGACAAGUGUUGAAAGAUCGAUCUGACUUCUUCGGAGGAAAUGUACCACGACCUGGCAACCUCAUGGAUUAUCUUUUGGCUCAUCCAACUACUAUCAAAACGCAAAAAGGACCUUUGAUUCAUCUAGAAACUUUAUGGCCAAUUGUACAAGAAAUGGGUGAAAUGUGGGCAGCAGAAAAAGGCAAGGGCGGGACUCCUGGCCUUGGUGACGUUUGGCCUUGUGAAACGAUCAAGUAUUCCAAUGAUCCCAAUAAUACUGAACAUUUUGUUACCUUCCAUAAACUUUCUCAAUGGCUUGUCUAUUCUUUGAUUGAACCUAUGACCAAAUUAUUGGGCGCUACCAUUGAAGGAACUGAUUUAUUGACUCCUCUACCUGAUUAUCGCAAUGGUGGAUUAUUGAUGGAUACUGGAUUCAUCACUUUGAAAAAAGAUGAUUUGGAACGUGGACUUGAAAACUACCGACAAAACUCUUUGAUCCCUGGACAACCUAAAGUAGAAAUAGCCCCCAUGUUUGAAAUGUCGGACCCUGUUGUAGUUGAAUGGCGUGCUCUUACAACUGCAUACCUUGAUCUUGUAGCAGAACGCGUGCGUGACUCUCUCAAGCUCUCUCGAAAGGAUCUUUCCCUGUCUCAACUCAUUGAAGGUGGUACCUGGAGUGCCGGUCGUGAAUUGGCUGAAAUCUCUAGACCUAACACUCAAGAACCUCCUAUUGUUAUCAAGAUUGGUGAUCGUGUUAUCUAUUGAUAUUCUUCCUAUUUUAUUUAUACUAUAUGAUAUGCUCCCUUCUUUUUUUCUAUAUUUGAUUUAUCAUUAGUUCCCUUUUGGACUUUUUCUCCAUUCUUUAUUACCUCUUUUUUUUUGGAAUUUAUUUUUCCCUACCACCUUCCUUUUUUUUUUUUUUUU